CGCUCUGCAUCCAGGUGCAGAAAUCUGAACGAUGUUUUUGAGGCUUUGAAUUUCUUUAUUAGUAGUGGAACAAGACCCAAGACUGCAGAUGUCAGGCUUUGGAUUAAAGCAUCUAAAUGUAGUAUUGUUCAGAUUUCGAGUGAAGGUUUAAAGUAGGAAUCUAGUUGAAUUUGAAUGGAAAUCGAUAUGAGUGUGGCAUGAUUCGACUCAACCAGUCGCUCCGUAUUCUCAAAGACCGACUUGUGCAGUUUUUGCUCAACCAGACGGUUCUGCACUGAGAACGAGCGAGACGAGCGCGCUUGUUGAUGUGGAUCUUUUGUGAAUGAGCUCAAGUUGAAGAUGCUUUGCGUCGUAUUUUUACCCAUCACCUUCCUAGUGGCUGGAGGCUCGAAGCUCUGCCCUCAUCAGUGUUCAUGUGACAGAGCAUCUGAACUGGUGGACUGUCGAUCCCGAGGGUUCACUCACGUUCCCCACAGUAUUCCACAUGGCACGUGGCUCCUGGACCUCAGCGGGAAUGAGCUGUCGGAGUUGAGGAGUACCUCUUUCACUGGGGUAUGGGUCCUCCGGGUCCUUCUGCUUUCACAAAGCAACGUGCAGGUGGUUCAUUCUCAGGCUCUUUCCUCUCUGACCUUCCUGGAAAAGCUGGACCUGGCUUACAAUGAGCUCCGUGUCCUUCCUUCAGAUUUCUCUCAAGGAUUGACCUCACUAAAAAAUCUGAAGCUGUGCCACAACGCUCUGGAGCGUCUUGAGACGCGCUCCUUGGAGGAUCUAGAAAGCCUGGAGAGGUUAGAUCUCAGUCACAACCUCAUUCAGGUCAUUGAAGUCGGGUUAUUUCGUGGACUCACCAUGCUAAGGCACCUUAACCUGGCAUGGAAUCAACUGACGGUUCUCCAAGGAGGACUGCUGACCAUGCAACAAGAUCUCGGGGUUCUUCUUUUGGGCCACAAUAAUAUCUCCAAGAUCGAAGUGGAAGCUCUGGCUCCCCUACGAACCCUCACCGUACUGAACUUAGAAGCCAACCAGUUGAGAAGCCUGAAGUUCAGGACGAUCUUAAACCUUAAGACGCGCAGCACGCAUCUGCAGAUGUCGGAGAACCCUUGGACGUGUGACUGCGAUCUGCAUCGUGUUUUCAGUAAGAUACUCCGCGUCAGGCGUCUCCACGUGGAUGAUUACGGGAAUAUCACAUGCCACUCUCCGCUCUUACUGGCUGGAGCUUCUCUGGGUUUGAUCCACAGUCGGCUGUGUGUCGCAGAAACGGCCACCGUCCUGGUCAUUACUGGGACUCUGAUGGUCACUGUCGUGGCGGCCAUGGUUAUGGCAGAACGGAAGAGAAAGAAGCAAAAGAUGAACCUGGAAAGGCAAGGAAACGAACCAAUGCCUUGGGUGUCUUACAAAUGAAGAAGGGAUGAAAAGCUUCUUGUGUAUUUUACAAUAUCGGACCAGGUCUUUGUUUUUGUGCACGUUGCACAUAUCCAUACUCGCUUCAACGUGAAAUCAUAAUUGACUCUUAGACACUCUUAGAAGGAAAGGUUCUAUAUAGAACCUGAAAAGGUUCUAUCAGUGCUACGUAUUUGGAACCCCUAAAAGGUUCUAUGCAGAACCCUUAAUAAGA